AUCUAAUCCUCUACAACCGCUACAGCCGCUCGCACAAACAGGACUCUCACACUGCCACCACGCUUCCUGCCUCUCUCACACUCUCCCUCCCUUGCCUCCCUCUCUCGCUUUUGAUGGAUAGACGAGUGAUAGUGGCGAGUGCUCUGGAGGAAUGUGAUCUGGUGACACUGGCACCGGUGGCGGACGCUGACCCGCUGCUGCUGUAUUUGUGUGCGUUUGAUGGCGAUGGCGGUGCUCUGAACGUGGAUGAUGGCCGAGUGGACACGCCAGGGCUGGACGCGCUUGUGACUCGAGCACUUGCAGCAAGACCAAGCAACAACAACGGAAGCAACAGCAGCACCACUGCCAGCAGCAUUGCCAACAGCCCCAACGACAAGGACAACAGCACCAGCACGGACAGCACCAACGACAACAGCAACAACGACAACAGCAACUAUCGCACUGGGACGACACAGCAAGCAUGCCAGGCCAGCAUCUUGCUUGCUCUUGCAAUGCCACCGCUGCUCGUCUCUGAGCACGCGCUCAGCGCAACCGCGACCAGCGCCAGCACCAACGCUCGAGGCAGCACCAAAGGUGCGGCGCCGAAACACUGUAUUGCGAGUCUUCCCGCUUGCUUGUUGGGAAGCCAGGGCUUGGAUGUUGCGGAUGGCGUGUGUGCAUCGGUGAUGCGGUGUACAAAGCGCGCAGGCUCAAACAUGGAGUCCGUGCUCCUUCAGCUGUUUUCUGCCCUCCCGCCACAGCACCACCACUUGCUGGCUGCUCGUCUUUGGCACGUGGCUGCCCAUGCACCCGCCAAAUCACAUCCCACGCAACCACAGCAUCAGCACCAGGGUGGGGCGCAAGCGUUGGAUGAGGCGACAGCCCAGGCCGCCAUCCACGCUCUCGUCGCAUGCCGCCCCUUCCAUGCAACCCUGACAGAUGUUGUGGCUUCCCUGCCCUUCCAAGACACCGUCUUCGAGCACGUGAUAUCGGCACUUGGGCGCAAACCCGCCUCGGCACGACCGUCAUCCUCGUCAUCAUUGUCGUCGUCGCCACAUCGCCGAUCCGCUCACUCCCCAAUGUCGCGACUAGCACCAUCGUCCCUGCUCCUCGGCCGAACAGCACCAGGCAGUGGCAGCACCAGCAGCGGUGGUGGCAGCGUGCUGUUGAGCCCGAGUGCAGGCGCCGCGAUGGUGUGCGAGGCGCUGCAGCGGCACAUGGAGGAGCGACAGCCGCCGUCACAACGCGUCGUGCGACAGCUGCUUCGUCUCCUCCGCUUCGCAGCACAGCCCUCAUCGCACAAAUACAAGCUCUGCUUGCACGAGAUGAUGCAAGCGGCCACCACGCAACGUGCGCUGUCACACAUGCUUGAAGCAAUGACAGCCAACGUUGCAGUAGAGGAAAUUGCCGCCAUCACCACACAGCACCGCUUGGUCACAGACGACAUAUUGCACAAGGACGCGCGCUCGAGUGUACACGACCCAGCCUCCUCCUUUGUCCGCCUUGCAAGAACGCGUUUAGAUGACGCGUCUGAGAAGAGAAGCCUGGCCAACCUGCACGCAACAGCAACAGAUCUCCUCCACACGUUUGCACUUCGCGGCCACCUCCCAUCCAAACUCCUUGAGAUGCUCAUCUUCAAGCGGCGCCAGUUCUGCACGUCACUGCUGCCCGUCUUCGUCCACAUGUGCGACGACAGCACCUGCGCAACACGUGGUGUCGCAAACCGCCUCAUCCAGCAGCUGGUGCAGAGGGGCAAAAUCACACACGAGAUGGUGACGCGGGCACGGCAGUUGGUUGCGUCACGCCAGCAGCCGCACGCAUCCGCACGCGCACGUGACAACGACCACGCGCCCAUGACAGCAGCAACACCAGCUGUCGAUGGUGGCAGUGCGACGGUGGUGCUGGACGGUAGCGAUGCGGUUGAGGCGCGUGGACGGGUGGACACGUUGGUGUCGGCGGUGAGGGGCAGGAGCAGGCGCGGAUGUGUUUCCGUGCUGCGCGCACUGGAGCGCUUUGCUCACGAUGACCUCACCACAGCCAUCGCCGUCCACCCCAAUGGCGGUGGUGGUGGUGCUGGUGGUGGUGGGGUGCAAUGCUGUGCGCUGUUGGUGGAAGUGCUUCGUGCAGCCAUGGCGACGGUGCGCGAGGCAAUCACAACACGAAUCCCUUCUGGUGCUGAUGCCGAAGCUGGGCGUAAUGCUGGUGAUGAGGUGAGGUGGAAUGCUGUUGCGACAUUGCUACAGAAGUGCCUGCAAGCAUCGCCAGCCGAAGUGCGGUCACAGUGGGCGCAGUUGAUCAUGCACCACAGCAUCACAGUGACCGAUGCGCUGGUGCCUGGCUCGGGUCUGGUUGUACUCGGCGCUGUCAUUGCCGCGUCGUGUGCUGCGCUCAACAUGGAUGUCCCUGCCAUGCCGUCCGUUGUCCGGGCACAGACACCAGACCUGACACCAUCACAGCGGCACACCUGUCUCCUCAGGCUGUGUCUUGGAGCCCUGGUGGCGCAUCGAGGCAUCACCGAAGCGGCAUCAGCAUCCUCACCCCCAUCAUCGCUGUCACGCCCGGCCAUCACCUGGGAUGAUGUAACAACAAAACGCAUUGCGUACCCACUGUGGCGAGAGGUUGCGCUUGAGAUGCGCGGCGAUGCAGGUGCGGACGUGCACGCGCUUGUUGGCGUGUACAGACAACUGCACAACACACCCACGUGCAGUGCUUUGCAGAAACAGCUUCCAUCAGAGGAGCACGUGCUGCUGGAAUUAUUGUGCGCUCCGUCCGACUGCGACCGGUUCUCGUCCGCUGAAAAGUCAAAUGUCAUCUGCAGCCUUUUCCUGGACACCACGCUCGAUCCACUUGCGCUGUGCGUGAAUGUUCUUAUGGACCAGAAUGACGGUGGCACCAUCCAUGCAAACGACAUUGCUUGCCUCGCCAUGGCCUGCGAAGGCUUUUUCUCGAGCGUUGAUCCGUCCGCAGAAGCCGUCGCUCUUCUCUGGACGUCGCUGAUCCCGCUCCUUGGGCCCAGCAUCAGACCACGACAACAACAACAACAACAACAACAACAACAGCAACAACAACAACAACAACAACAACAACACGCGUUAAUUGAGUUCAUUAGGGCCGUUGGCGCUGCUCGGUGUGCGUCGUGGUGCCGGGACUGGUGCGAUGUGACGCUGCUGCUGCAAUGCACCUUUGCCGGCUGCAACAAAAGCGCACUGCCAGCAGAACGUGUCAUAUCAACUGCUGUUGCUGCUGUUGAGGGGCAACAGGGACGACUGCAUGGACGCGAUGGUUGCAGCAGUAGCGAUGGUGGUGGUGGCGUUGACAGCGGUGAUGGGCUUGGAAACGGCAGUGCAGGUGUAUGCAACAGCGACUUGCUGUUGCUGCUGUUCACGUUGCUGCUGGAAGGACGGGACAGCUCGCGCACACAAGAACAACAACAACAACAACAACACCACCACCACCAACAGCAACAGCAGCAGCGAUGGGUGGAACAGAUGAAGCGUGGUGACAGCACAACAACCGCUGCGCUGUCGUGUGCGAUACGGGUGCUCGCCUUGCUGUUUCAGACGUCAACAACGACAGCAGCAACUACUACAACAAGAGCAGCAACAACAACAACAAGAAACACAGCAGCAGCAGCAGCAGCAGCAGCAGCAACCACACCAACAACAACAACAACAACAACAACAACAACAGUAGCAACCAUACUACCGCUCAAUGCUCUCGCGGCUGUGGAGUGCAGUGAGGCCGCGCUCCGUGGUGGCAGCGCCGGGAUUGCCGUGUUCGUGAUUGCGCGCGUGUGGGAGCACGCUGCAUGUUCUGGUGGGCGUGGCGAUGAUGGAUGGCGCCGUGUCUUGGCAAGCGUGGAGAAUGUCGCCCCACCCUCGCUGUGGGAGUAUAGUAUGCUGCCUGCAGGCAUUCUGGACUCUGCCGACGUGUCCCGCCAGCUGUGCGCUCUGCUGUGCCUCCCGUUUUCUCCCACCAUGAUUGCAUGCAUUGCCAUUGGGCUGUGCGGCCAUCAUACCCGCCCCAGCUCACCCAGUUUGUGGCACACAUUCGUGCGCGCACUCGACAUGCUCACCACACAGCACAUUCUUGAGGUGGAUGAGCUGGUGGCUGUGGGCCGCUUGUAUCAGCGCGCCGUGCUGUGGUCCAACACCAGUAGCGCAAAUGCAAGUGACACUGCCGCCCAGCAGGCCAGCCGCCACCUUGUGCUGCGGCCCGUGCUUGCACUCGCCUACCGCAUUCUCCUCGACGCCAUGUAAAGCGAGGGGAAGGAGAGAGAUGGGGAGAGCUGGGGAAGGUGAGAGAGAGAAGGGGGGGGGGGAGGCCCGCGCAGCACACACACGCACACACA